AUGCAUCUUCAAGUUCUCAUUUGUUUCGGCGCCAUUGCGCUUACUGCAACGGCCGCUCCUACUUCCACAUCUCAUGUCGUGCACGAGAAGCGACAAUCGGAACCUCUCAACUGGGUAAAAUUUUCGCGAGUUGAUCCUUCGACUGUCCUACCCGUUCGCAUCGGCUUGACGCAGAGCAACCUUGACAAUGGCCCACGCCUGCUUGAUGAAGUUUCAAACCCAGCAUCACAUAGAUAUGGCCAGCAUUACAACGUGGAAGAAAUCCAUGACAUGUUCGCUCCGCAACCAAACACUGUCGAAACGGUGAGCGCAUGGCUACAAGACUCCGGAAUCGCAGCAAACCGCGUUUCUCGAUCCGUCAACAAGCAAUGGCUGCAAUUCGAUGCUACCACUUCCGAAGUAGAAGCGUUGAUCAAGGCCGAGUAUUACAACUAUGCUCACUAUGGCACUGGCAAAACCAAUAUUGGAUGCGACGGAUACUCUCUCCCACACCAUGUCCGGGAGCAUGUAGAUUACAUCACUCCGGGCUUGAAGCUCUUGACCCCUUCGAGAUCUAGGAAGGAUCCGGAAUUGCAAAAGCGAACUUUUGGUGUAACGAGCAAAAAUCAGCACAUCACUAAACCAAAGAUGAAGGCGUUGCCCGAAACGCUCGCUUCAAUCUUGGCGGCACCUCUAAGCUCUAUUUGCGAUGUGGCUGCAAUCCCCUUGUGUAUCAAGACUCUUUACAACAUCACCACCCCGACCAAGAAUGCCGCUGGCAAUCAACUGGGAAUCUUUGAGGACUUGGAUGACAUGUACAGUCAAACAGAUCUGAAUGAUUUUUUCUUGACCCUUGCUCCCAAUAUCCCACAAGGAACCCAUCCUACCCUUGACAGCGUUGAUGGUGCAACUGCUCCAACCACUGUAACAGAUGCCGGACCCGAGUCUGAUUUGGACUUCCAAAUUUCGUAUCCGAUCAUUUACCCUCAAAACUCUAUUCUUUUCCAGACCGACGACGACGUCUAUGAGGCCAACUAUACUUACGAGGGGUUCCUCAACAACUUCCUUGAUGCAAUUGAUGGCUCCUACUGCACCUACUCGGCCUUUAACGAGACCGGAAACAGCGUUCUCGAUCCUCCGUACCCCGACCCUCAACCUGGUGGCUUCAAGGGCUCGCUCGAAUGCGGCGUCUACAAGCCAACCAAUGUCAUCUCUAUAUCGUACGGUGGCCAGGAAGCCGAUCUACCGGCGUCCUACCAGCAACGCCAAUGCAACGAAUUUAUGAAACUCGGCAUGCAGGGAAUCUCUCUCGUCGUCGCUUCCGGCGAUUCCGGCGUAGCGGGUCCAGCUGGUGACGACAGUGCUGACGGCUGUCUUGGUCCCACCGGCAACAUCUUCUCCCCUGACUUCCCGGCCACUUGCCCAUAUCUUACAACCGCCGGUGCGACGUUCCUGCCUCCAGGCGGUGACGUGACCAAAGACCAAGAAGUUGCCGUCACGCGUUUCCCAUCUGGCGGCGGCUUCUCCAACAUCUACGCCAUCCCCAGCUACCAAGCCAGUGCUGUGGCGACUUACUUUUCGACCGCUGGGACUCAGUAUCCGUACUACUCAAGCACCAACAACAACAGCUUCGGCGCCAACGGAGGCAUCUACAACAAAAAUGGACGGGGCUACCCAGACGUUUCUGCCAUCGGUGACAACGUUGUCAUCUUCAAUAUGGGCGCUGCAACGCUUAUUGGUGGUACAUCGGCUGCAGCGCCGACUUUUGCCUCCAUUCUGAAUCGAAUCAAUGAGGAAAGGAUUGCCGUAGGAAAGAAGACCAUUGGAUUCGUCAACCCGACACUAUACUCCAACCCUCAGGUCCUCCAUGACAUCACCAACGGCAGCAACCCUGGCUGUGGGACUCAAGGGUUUGCGGUCGCCAAGGGAUGGGAUCCCGUCACUGGUUUGGGCACGCCGAAUUAUCCUGCGAUGUUGAGUUUGUUCAUGAGUAUGCCAUGA